UAUACACACAGCCAUCACACCAUAAGCGUUUGUUGGCCCUGUCGGUCUGGUCUCUGAGCUAUUGCACUGAGCAUUUGGCUUUGGUGAAAUGUUGUUUAGUGCUUAGUUCGGUUCAAUUGGUCUAAGGAGACGCAUUGUUGGCGCAGUGCCGCUGCCGGUUUUUUCGAUACUCGGUACCACUUCCUGUCAGGCCAAAAAUUUUGGCAACACGUGUUGGUCGAUAAUUGCCGGAACGGAGAAUUAUACGCCGGUACUCUCUAACUGUCUCUCGCUCUAACGGAUUCUCCACCGCCGGGAGCAAAGUACACGUCAACGCAGCGGAGAGUCUCGAUUUCGGCACUCUUUUUCUUGGGAACUGCCGAGUGUGGUUUUGUGUGUGUCGACAUCACGAGAUAGUGCCAAAAAGCACAGCGGUUCCGAUUUAGUGAUUCAUUGUACCGGCGGCACUCGAGGAAGUCAGCUGCGCGUAGACAUCUGGUAUUCAAAUUCGCAAAUUCGGAAAACGGGGAGGAAAAAACUCCGCCAUGGGCUACGAUGAGGCCAUCGUGCAUCUGGGCGAAUUCGGACGCUACCAGAAGAUCAUCUACUUCCUCAUCUGUCUGACCUCCAUUCCAGUGGCCUUUCACAAGCUGGCGGGGCCGUUCCUGCUGGCCAAACCCGACUUUCGAUGUGCCCUGCCCUUCGAGAACGGGAGUAGCUAUGAUUUGCCACCCCACCUGUGGAACCUCUCGUAUCCGCAGGACGAGGUGUGCGCCUACUACGAUGUGGAGUACUCGGAGGAGUACCUAAAUGGCAGCCUGCCCCGGGGCAGCAACGCAACCAAGAGCUGUUCCCGCUACGUUUACGACCAGAGCAAGUACCUGAAUAGCGCCCUAACCGAAUGGAACUUGGUCUGUGGCAAACAGUUUAUGACCGCCAUCAGUGAGAACGUUUUCAUGUUCGGCGUGCUCCUGGGGAGCAUUGUGUUCGGACAACUGAGUGACAAGUACGGGCGCAAGCCCAUUCUCUUCGCCUCGCUGGUCAUCCAGGUGUUCUUCGGAGUGGUGGCUGGACUGGCUCCGGAGUACUUCACCUACACGCUGGCGCGACUGAUGGUGGGUACCACUACGUCAGGGGUUUUCCUGGUGGCCUACGUGAUCGCCAUGGAGAUGGUGGGGCCCGACAAGCGCCUCUACGCCGGCAUCUUCGUGAUGAUGUUCUUCUCCGUGGGAUUCAUGCUGACUGCGCUGUUCGCUUACUUUGUGCACGACUGGCGUUGGCUGCAGAUUGCCCUCACACUGCCGGGACUCCUCUUCCUGUCCUACUACUGGAUCAUUCCGGAAUCGGCCCGCUGGCUGCUCUCGAAGGGUCGGAAAGAGUGCGCCAUAGCCAACAUGCAGAAGGCAGCGCGUUUCAACAAACUGGAAAUCAGCAAUGAGACUUUGAGUGACCUACUGGAUGAGGGCGAAACGGCCGAGGACAAGGCCAAGCAGAAGCUGGGGGAUCAGGAUCAGGAUCGGGAUCGGGAUGAGAGUCCUCCGCCCUCCGUGUGGGAUCUGUUCUGCUACCCCAAUCUGCGUCGAAAGACGCUCCUCAUCUUCUUUGACUGGCUGGUGACCAGCGGUGUGUACUACGGACUCUCUUGGAACACCAACAAUCUGGGUGGGCAUCACCUUUUGAAUUUCGUGAUCUCCGGCGCCGUGGAGAUACCAGCCUACAUCUUCCUGCUGCUCACCCUUAACCGCUGGGGCAGGCGAUCGAUCUUGUGCGGCACCUUGGUUCUAGCGGGACUCAGUCUGCUGGCCACCGUCAUCAUUCCGGGGAAGAUGCACACGCUCAUUGUGACCUGCGCCAUGCUGGGCAAGCUAGCCAUCACCGCCUCCUACGGCACCGUUUACCUUUUCUCCGCCGAGCAGUUCCCGACAGUGGUGAGAACCGUGGGCAUGGGCGCCGCCUCGAUGGUGGCCCGCAUCAGCGGCAUGCUGGUACCCUACCUCAACUUUUUGUCCACCAUUUGGCAACCGUUGCCGCUGCUCCUCUGCGGCUCGUUCUCGCUGGCCGCCGGACUGCUGACCCUUCUGCUGCCGGAGACGCACAACAAGCCCAUGCUGGAAACCAUUGCGGAUGGCGAAUGCUUUGGACGCAAGACCAAGGGGGAUGUCUACCUGGAAGCGGGCCAGCAACAGCUACGGACACCAGAGUCGCAGCCGCUGAACGGAUCGGCUGACUCGAAUGGGGUCAAGACCAACGGCCACAAGUUCUAGGAAAUCUCAUGGCUAACCCACUACUUUUUUCAGAAACUAACGAACUUUGAGACUAGUGGUUACAGGGCAUCUAGAAAUCGGCCAGGCCAAUGGCCGGGCAUUUACCGUAAAAGUGUAGACCAAGUAUUAUAUAAUUUCUGAAAUCUCAAACGCAACCAAAAAAGAGAAGACAACAAGAUAAAAGAAAAGAAAAGAAUGGGUAGCAUCAAUCAUAUCCACGUUAGCAUUUAGCCAGGGAACAGGGUAAGAUUGACAAGAAUAAGGGAUGGUUUUCCCUGGGAAAUCACCUGAAAAAGUAUUGAAAACUUUUUUUCUUACCCUUGUCGCUGGAUAACUUAUUCCUUAAUCUAUUUAACUAUAAUUUACCAAUUACAUUUAUGAGUGUAUUUCAUGGAGAUGAUUUCGUAAUAAAAUGUGUGUUUUUCCGAGAGAUUAAAUCUA